AUGUUGAAGACAAGCAAUGGUCUGGAGUAUCACAUCCAACGCCACACGGGCAAGAAUGUUUUGUGCGUAGCUUGUGGCAAGUUGUUCUACACAGUAUCACAUCUCAAAAAGCACACGGCCAGGCAUCAUGACCUCACGCCCAAGGAGCCCAGCGAGAAUUUCGAGUGCUUGCACUGCUCCCACAAGUACGCCACUAAAGCCGCCCUUAGAAACCACAUUAUGAUAGAGCACCUCAAGGAGAUGCCCUACGAGUGUGAGGAGUGUGGACUUAAGUUUGCAUUGAAAUAUAUGCUGAACAGACACGUUGCCAGUCACAAGGAGAGGAAGUUCUGGUGCGACUGCAACCAGAGUUUCGUGACCAAGGGCGGUCUAUACAGACACAAGAUGACGCACGUCAACUUCAGACCGUACGUGUGUGACAUGUGCGGGCUGACGUUCACGCAGAAGGGCUCGGUGUUGAGGCACAUAGUGACGAGCAUGAGGGGAAGAUCGUCGAGUGGACCAGCAGCCGAGGGGCGGCGCGAGAACCCGGAGGCCGGCGCCCGGGUGUGUUGCAGUGACGAGCGCGGCCAAGGCAGCGAGGACAUCACGGAACAAGUACAGACAGCAAGCGAGUGCUCCACGUGCUCUUGCAACAGUGCUGGUACCUGCAGUGUUGCCAACUUCAUGGAUCAGUAA